AUGCUAACGUUCGAGGGAAGCAGCCUCUUUCGUCAUCAUAUUGUGUGCAGCAUACUCACUAGCAAACCAAUCCGAAUUUUGGGCAUUCACGACGAUGACGAACCCCAGGGUAUCCAGUUGGCUGAGGCGAACUUCCUCAAGUUCAUUGACCGUGUGACGAGUGGCUCGAAGUUUGAAUGUACGGACAGUAACACUGCGCUGACGUUCUACCCCGGUAUGAUACUUGGCGGUACUUUUUCGCAUGAAGUCCCGAGCUGCCGAUGCGUAACUUACAUUGCUGAAGCCGCUUUGCUUCUUCUUCCAUUUGCGAAGUUUGACACGCGACUUACUCUUGUCGGGUCAACGCAAAGUGAAGAGGACCUUUCGGUCGAUACCUUGCGGACUGUAACCACACGUUGGUUACAGCUCUUUGGCGUAGACUGCAGCGUGCGGAUUAUACGCCGUGGGGUAUAUCCAGGUGGUGGUGGUGCUAUCGAAGUGCAAUGCAAAGCUGUGAGGCGUCUAACAGCAGCGGAGGCCGUGGUGAGGGGACGGGUCCGACGCAUUCGUGGAAUUUCGUUUGGUGCACGUGUGGCAGCGGACCUUGUUCAACGAGCGGCCACAGCUGCUAAGGGUGUUCUAUUGAAUCUGCUCCCUGACGUCUAUGUUGUGACGGAUAUGGACAACAGUAAGGGGUCGUACGGGGACCGAUCCAGUGGCUACGGGGUCGUUCUUGUUGCAGAGACGACCAGCAAACAGUGUGUCAUCUCACAGGAGUCCACCGCGGCGCCUAAAGAGCUUCCUGAAGAUGUUGGGAAGCGCGCCGCCGAGUUGUUGUUAGACCAAGUAUUUGAGUGUGGAUGCGUUGAUGCCCACCACCAAAUGCUGGUACUGCUUCUCAUGGGGCUCAGCCCAGACGAAGUGUCCACGGUUCGGUUUGGCCAAUUUACGUGUGGUUUGGUUUCUGCGGUGAUGUUAUUGGAGAUGUACUUCGGGGUGUCGUGCGCAACAAAGCAGGAGUGGUCCUCAGUUGGGAAGGACUUGCCUCCCACAACUCUCAUUACAUGUGUGGGAAGUAACAUGGUGAAUGUCUGGAAGAAGAGUGGAUAG